AUGAGCCAGGAUUAUUUUGCCGGCAAGGGCAAGGGGCCGCUGCGCCCAGAGCCCGAUCCCGACGCGCCAAAGGACUCGGCUUCCCCAUCGUCGACUCGACCUCAUUACAUGACAGUCGGUACCGGAUCGACAUCAGACCAUGCCGCACGACUGCAGAACAUGUUGGAUGUCGACUCUGGCUAUGGUGGGAGUGCUCCUGGCGAGGAUCACCACACGACUAUGACAUCAGCGACACACGCAAGCCCCGACUCGGCUCUCCAUGCUCGAGGUCAAGCGAGUGCCGGCCAUCAGAUAUGGUACUAUCGCCAACGCGCGGUACUAUCCAGGUCAAUCAACAAGGUGCUGGAUUUACUACAGAGUCUUCGACAGGUGAACACCGAGUGGCCAGCCCAUUACCCGACCAUCCGGCCUGCAGACGCGACGGUCUCGGAGCGACCUGCAAUCGGGCGCACGUACUCAGUUGCCGGAGACGCUGCUAGCUCUUCGUCAACAACCGCCCAGCCUCCAUCGUUGAUGCGAUCUCGGACUUCCAUCGACGAUUUACCCCCCGAGUCCAGCCGUGCCGCCGAGACCCGACCAGCCCCAGAGCCGAGGCUGGUUUCUCCCCAAAUCACGCAAGAAUUAUCGGUUUUGAAAUUGGAUCUGAAACUAGGGGCCUUGCAUCAGGCUGAGCUUGUACACUCUCUAGAAAAAAACUCCAUCGCGGCUCUUCUGGAUGGCAGGAUCAGCUCGAGCAUCAAGCAUCUGUUAUCCCUCCGCGAGCGCAUUGAAGAUACCUCAAGCAAAGUUCUCAUCACGGGUGAUCUGAAUGCUGGAAAGUCGACAUUUUGCAAUGCCCUUUUGCGACGCAAAGUGCUGCCCGAGGACCAGCAGCCGUGCACAGCCAUCUUUUGCGAAGUCUUGGACGCCAGGGACAAUGCGGGAAUCGAGGAAGUACACGCCGUGCACAAGGAAUGCACCUAUAGCCGACAUGACGAAUCGACUUACGAUGUUUAUCCUUUGAUCGCGUUGGAAAAGAUUGUAACGGAUAACGAAGCAUAUACUCAGUGCAAGGUAUAUGUAAAGGAUAUUCGGACAGCGGACGAGUCUCUACUCAACAAUGGUGUAGUCGACAUUGCACUUAUCGAUGCGCCAGGUCUCAACUCAGAUACCACCCAGACUACUGCCAUUUUUGCAAGACAAGAGGAAAUCGACGUGGUCGUAUUCGUCGUCUCCGCAGCAAAUCACUUCACGCAAUCCGCCAAGGAGUUCAUAUGGGCAGCUGCCGCUGAGAAGGCCUACUUGUUCAUCGUCGUCAAUGGAUAUGACACCAUCAGAGACAAGGAGCGCUGCCAGAAGCUUAUUCUGGAUCAAGUCUCUGGGCUGAGCCCAGACACCCAUAAAGAAUCAUCGGACCUUGUUCACUUCGUGUCGAGCAACGCUAUUCCAGCCGCACCAGCGCCUCCCGGAGGCCCCGGGGGUGGCGGGAGCGGCAGUUCCAGCGGUGGAGGUGGUGGCGAUGAUCCGAGCGACGAUGGAGCAAAGGGCAAGGGAAAGGGCAAGGACAUGGACAAGAUUCGAGACUUCGAGGCCCUAGAAGCAUCCUUGCGUCGCUUCGUUCUCGAAAAGAGGGCGAGGUCUAAGCUUGCCCCUGCGAGAACAUAUCUGUUGAACAUUCUCAAUGAUAUACACACACUGGCUCACGUCAACGAAGAAGUUGCCCAGUCAGAAGUCGGCAGAGUCACCGCGGAACUCAAAGAAAUCGAACCACAGCUCGCAUCAAGUCAAAAGGCCAGGCUUGAAGUAAGCGAGCAAAUAGAUCGAAAAAUCGAGGAGACUUGUCAAGUCGUCUACGAUCAUACUCGUUCCGAACUCAAUACCGCCAUCGCUCAGGCCGGGAGUACGAACUACGAUGUGCCAUACCCCGGCGUCUUUGGCGCCUUUCAGUACGCCGAAGAUAUCAAAGAAGCCAUGCUCUCACACAUCACAGACGCCGUCACGCGCUGUGAAGAAUACGGCAGGAGCAAGAGCGUCCAGGGUGUCAAUACUAUCAAGCAACUGGGCCUGCUACAUGUUGGAGACGAGUUCCAGAACCUGCAGUUCCGGCCCGACGCCAUGUUCCGGAGAAAGCGUGAUGCUCUCGCGCGACAGGUACAUGUUCCAACUGAGCUUUGGGACUUUGUGGAUUGGUCGACUCUGCUGCAACGCCAAGAGAAGUUUGCGGGCACCGGCAUGGCCCUGACGGUGGCCGGUGCUGUCGUGCCUCGGAUGCUUGGUAUGGGUAACUGGAUGGAUCACGCCGUGUUGACGACUCGAGUUUUGAGCAAUGAGAACCUUCGUCAAUUGAUCGUUCCAGGAAUUGUCAUUGCUGCGAUCGCCGGAGCUGCCUACGUUUUACAGCAGAUCCCCAAUUCCCUACCCCCAAGACUUGCCACCAAGAUUUCCUCGCAGCUGGCCGAGCUAGACUACAUCCACGCGAACUCGUUUCGAAUUUCCUCGUCUGUCCGCAAGAUCCUGCGAUUCCCGGCCGACAAUCUGCGCGUCGGCCUCGACCAGAGCGUCAAGGAUCUAGGCAACAGAAGGGAUGAGGCUGACAAAGUCCGACAUGAAAGUGAAGAAGCAGCCAAGUUUUUCCACGAACUAGUGGGCAGGAGUCAAGUCGAGAGGAGCAGGGUCGAGGACGUGGACCUGGAUGCACCGCAAGAGCUACACUAA